ACAUGAAAAUGCAUUAAAAAUUUUGUUUUGGGAGAGUACACAAACGCCUAUAGGCAUUGUACCGACCGCCGCACCACGCCUGCUGCCGCCACCAGAGACUUCGUUCGGCCGCCGCGCCCAAAGCUUCUCGCAAACAACCGAUUAAUCUAUACUCAUAGGCUGCGAGUUCCGUGACUGUUUCACCCCAAAAUAUGGGCAAGAAAGGGCCUAACUCGAGAGAAGGAAGUGGUGGUGUGACUUUUGGAUCAAGCACGAUCCGACAUGAUUGGAAUGCAAGGAAGCCGAGUCAUGUUAACCCCAAGUUGAUGGUGAAAGUGGAUCAUAUAAAAAACCUUGCAGUUUGGGCCAGCGGCGUAGCAUCCAUACCCCCAUUGAGCACCUUUUUCGGCACGCGAUUAGCUGCUUACUCUGAGUCCUUGGGUUUGGCUCCCGACCCUUCUUUGGUCUCUUGUCAAAGGUGCGAAUCCGUUCUUCAACCCGGCUACAAUUGUACCAUCCGAGUCGAGAAGAGCAACAGAAAGGCCCACCGCCACAAGAACAAAAAAUCCAGAAGUAACCUGCAAAAUCACAUGGUCUACACAUGUCACUCUUGUUCACACCGCAACCUAAUCUCAGGAACGGCAAGAGGCUACCUGAAAGAGAUAUGCCCACGAAAGGACAAGCCCUUAGCCUACAAGUCCUCUGAAUCAAAGACUGCCAACAAAAAACAACAACAACCCACUAAAGUCCCACAAGUGGGGUUUGGGGAGUGUGGAUGUACGGAGACCUUACCCCUACCUGAAGAGGCAAGAAAGUCAUCUCCCGAUCAAAGUAAUAGUAAUGAUAACGAGAUUGCACGAGGUGCGCCCGUUGAACCAAUAGAUGAUCCUUCGACUCCAUUGUCGAUGAGAGUGGACAUUAGCCUUUUGGACUCAAAGAGAAAGAGGAGGAGGAUGAAAUCUGGAGGAUUAGGGAAGGCCAUUGGAUCUGGGCAUGCUACUACUGUUACCAAUAAUACUAUUACAACUGCAAAAGAUGUUAUUGAUCAAAGUAACAAUGGCACAGCUAGGAAAAGGAGGCGAAAGUCUUGGACUAGUUUGAAGGAAAUUGCGGAGAGUAGUGGACGCGAUCAUAGCAAGUUUGCAAACGUGGCUGUCCCUUUUUUUCUUUGAUUUCAAAUUAUAUGUUCACAUUGUCGACGUGGGGAAGUUGCAGCUUGGAAUGAAUUAUAUAGUGGCUGUUCGGGAACAACCUCGGUUUUUAGCUUUAGCGUUUUGAAAAUGGUUGUGUAAUGACAGUAUUUUAGCAUCAGUGUUUCCAAAGUUAAUUUUCUGUUAUUAAAAACUUAUUCAAAAU